UGUUGAUACAGUUAAAACUAAGAGAGAUUUGUUUCCUGGGAAUCUUUUCGGUUCAAGAUGUUAAAGAGAUUCAGUUCAUUAUUGAUUCUGGGUUUCAUAACCUUCUCUAUAUCAUCACUCAUAUUCAUUCUCAUUCACCAAAACAACUCAAUCUUCAAUUUUGUUGAUGGAUUUUCCAACAUCAAUGCUACUACUGUUACUGUUACUGUCUUCAAACAAACACCUCAAAAUGUUGUUACUAACUCAUCGGUAGAUAAGGUGUUGGGAGACAAAUAUCAAAAUCUUAUGCCUGCUCGGAUCUUUCAAUCUCAACAACCUCCUCAGACACAUAAAAUCUCAGAUAUUGGUAAUAAAGGUCCAAAAUAUGAUUCACUUGAACACCAAAAGAAGCAUCAUUCUCUAGCUUCUGCUAAUGACCGAUUUCUUGAUGGACUACUAGUUUCCACAUUUGAUGAAGCAUCAUGCUUAAGUAGAUUUAAAUCUCACUUAUACCGCAAAGCUUCCCCUUAUAAACCUUCUGCAUAUCUGUUAUCCAAGCUACGAAACUAUGAACAUCUUCAUAGAAGUUGUGGACCAAAUACCAAACCAUACAGCAAAAUCAUGACAAAGGGUCCAAAAUUUAGCAAAGGUGAUGCCGAUACAAAGUGCAAAUACCUUGUAUGGACAGCUUCCAAUGGAUUGGGGAACAGGAUGAUAACCUUGGCGGCAGCGUUUCUUUAUGCUAUUCUUACGGACCGGGUUCUACUUGUCAAAUUUGGCGCUGACAUGUUUGGUCUCUUUUGUGAGCCUUUUCCUGAUUCCUCGUGGUUAUUGCCCAGGAACUUUCCUUAUUGGAAAGAUCAGAAACAUAUUGAAACCUAUGAAAGCAUGCUAAUGAAUAGCAAGAAAAACAGAUCAAAGGAGCUUUUGCCACAAUUUCUCAUUCUUAAUUUACAGCACACCCAUGACGGUCAUAACAACUAUUUUCACUGUGAUCAGAGUCAAGCUCUUCUCCAGAAAGUUCCUGUUCUAAUUUUGCGGUCGGAUCAAUAUUUUGUCCCUUCUCUUUUUAUAAUUCCUUCAUUUAGCCAAGAACUAAGCAAAUUGUUUCCCGAGAAAGACACUGUUUUUCACCAUUUGGGACGUUACCUUUUUCACCCUUCCAAUGAGGCAUGGGAACUAAUUAGCAGGUUCUAUGAGACACACUUAGCCAAGGCAAAUGAGAAAAUUGGAUUGCAGAUUAGAGUGUAUAACCCUCACCAAGUACCACAUCGCACCAUCGUCAAUGAAAUUAUAGCUUGCAGUCUUCAGCAUAAGUUGUUGCCCGAAUUGAACGUGCAGAAGACAGCAAAAUCUUUUUUGAAGAAGCAGACACCAAAAGCUGUUCUAGUGGCUUCUCUAUAUUCCGAAUAUGGUGAGCAGCUGAAGACUAUAUAUAAGGCAAAUACAACUGUAACCGGGGAGGUAAUAAAAGUUUAUCAGCCAAGUCACGAAGGGCGUCAAAAAUCAAAUAAUGACACACACAAUAUUAAAGCAUGGACUGAAAUAUAUCUACUGAGUUUAUGUGAUGCAUUGAUUACAAGCCCCAAGUCUACUUUUGGGUAUGUUGCUCAUAGUCUUGGAGGUUUGAAGCCAUGGAUUCUGCACAGGGCAUAUGGGGAAACCAUCCCAAAUCCACCUUGUCAACGAGCCAAGUCCAUGGAGCCUUGUUUCCAUUACCCUCCCAAGUAUGAUUGCAGGGCCAACCUAACAACUGAUUUUACUUCCCUUUUUCAUCACAUGAAGCAUUGUGAAGAUAAAAAUGGUGGGUUGAGGUUGGUUAAUGCUAAUCGCUAGGUAAUAAACUAACUAUUACAACCAGCUCGGAGUUAUCUACUUGAUGUGCUAACUAAUAUCAGUACUUAACUUCAUACUUCUAUGUUCAACCAUAUUUGAGGUCCUCAAGUACAGUGAAGAAGAGUGUUAUUGUCCCCUAUUUUCAGUCAAGUACAUUGAUGGAAACCUCACAUGACUGAAGUCCUCUGCUUGUGCUAGUGCUAAUCUAUUGGCAAUGAGAUGAUAAACAAAUGAACGUCGCACGACUGAAGUCCUCUGGUGCUUAUCUGAGGCUUGAGGCUUGCAUGGUUAUGCUUAGCUGUUAUUUGUUGGACACCCCUUGAUGUGAUUGGAAUAUGAUUUUCUAAUAAGCAUUAUUUUGAGUCAACCAAUUUGUGUAAAAUCAGUUCUUAUCAGAGUUUCUUCAUGUUGUGCUACUGGUAUUAGGUACUAACCUUGUAAUUAUUUCUGUGUGCUUUUAAUAAGAUAUAAAUUGGGAUAUAGAUUGUAGUUAGUUCUGGUUUCAAAUUGGGAUAUAAAUUUUAUAUUCUAGACUUGUUUGUUUGCUUUAGUAUCUGUUUGUUUUCAUGUUAGGGAGAGUGAAAGGUGAUUCUAAUCAUAUAUAAUUGGUUUUGACAUGAUUGAGUGACAUUGAUUUGAAUUGAUUUUAACUUAAAGUCAGGAUUUGUGAUCUUUAUUUUAAAAUAAGGUAUGGAGCCUCAAUUAUAAUGCAUUAAUUCCUCAAAUUAAAUUAUGAAUGCUAUCAUGAACCAUUGUGUUGGGUAUUUUUAUGUUCAACAUACGAUACCUGUCAAUCUGUCAUAUUCUUUAUAAAAUUUAAUAGUAGCAACACGUGUCCUUAAUGAGCUUUGAGUUCAGCAGUUUUUCUUAAUUUUGCUAAGGUUCACUUGCAUAGUGACCACUUUGAAGCAACUAUUACCUCAUGAUGUUUCUAUUUUCCCCCCUAUGAAUCAUUUCCUUUUUUUAGGGAUUUCUUGAUUUACGACUGAUGCCUUGGAUUCGGAAUAUGUUAACUCCUUGCUUAGCGAUAGUUCCUAGUUUGAUUGUUGCGGUCAUUGGUGGCUCUACUGGGGUUGGAAGCUGGUAAUAAUUGCAUCUGUAAAAUAUCCUUGCCAUCAAUUUUAAUCGAGUUGUUUUAGUCCUAAAAUAUCUUCUAAUGCUUUUCACUUGAGAAUAUGUACAUGUUAUAAACAAUACAUUGUUUAAAUUUUCAUGUUAUGAUAUCAUGGAAGUUUCUCGUAUAUUUGCAACUCAACUGCCCUGUGGCCGCCACUGUUCAUAACUGCACUGUUUAGCUUCGUAUGAAGAUAUGCUGUUUUAUGGGCUGAGAACCAAAAUGAAGUUACAUAAGCAUAGAUUUAUUCUCUAACAAAAAUAUCUGUCAAUGCAACAUCAUUUUUGUUGCUCCUGUUUUGGUGUAUGCAUUCAUUUUUGUUUAGAACAGAACUGAUUUAUGCUAAAGCCCUUCUUUGUUUGCUGAUAAGAUGAUCCUAUCAUUUGAGCUUCCCUUUGCUUUGGUUCCACUCCUCAAGUUCACCAGUAGCAAAACCAAGAUGGGAGCACAUGUUAACUCUACCAUGGUAUAGUUUCUUUGUUAACACAAAUCUGUACUUCUACCUUGCAAGCAUAUAUGGUAAAUUAACACAUACCUGACAAAGUUGUUCAACAAGUUCUGAAUCAUUGCGCAGAUAUGCUGUUUCAAAACUGUAAUUAUAAUAGAUGCAUACAUGUUUUAUUUACUGUAAAUAUAACGGAUCAAUAACGGAUCAAAAUUUUGACCGAGACGCAAUUUUUCAUUUUGUUUUUCCUGCACUUGGAGAACUUGCUAGAAAAAGUUUUUUGUUUUGUAUGUUGUCUUACGUAGUAUUUACUUUUACUUCUUAAUCACAGAUAUCCGCUGUUACUAAUCGGUUCCCUUAUUAUGGUUAUUAAUAUAUAUACUACUUAAUGAAUGGUUUCAUUAAGCUGCUUCUUCAUAGUGACAUAGAAAUUGUGGCCAAGGUGCUUUUUGGGAUAUUAGGAUUUUCAGGCAAGGCAGCAUAUUUGGUUGGUAUAGCUUAUCUUGUACUUCACAAAAAUAAAGAGGGUGCACACCUUUUGGCUGUAACAAACAGCACCCGAAAGUUGGUAAAUGGCAAAUGAACGAGUAAACGGAUCAAUUUAUUGUCAUCCAAGAGAAGACAAAGUAAACAUGCAAUUACCUCAGCGAAGUAGUCCUGCAGAUCUUGACUGACAAAAUUAUAUGUCAAUAAGAUGGGGGCGGUGUUCAUUCACUUUCUUCCCCGACAGUUUGCUUAAUUAAUUAAUGUAUAAUAUUCUGACCCUACAUCACUCUUUGAUACACAAUCUUUCUUUUCAUUUCAAUGUUUUCAUCAUUCUCUUUUCGAUGUGAAGGGUAAUGUUUCAGCUCAGAUUAGAUGUGUUCCUCAGGAUGUUAAAAAAAAAGAAGGCGUGUUCCUCGAUUCUCAACUUACCAAUUUUCUUCUCAUUACUAAUGCAGCUACUGAGAUACUUUUUUUGUUGUUGUAAUUAACUGUUGUGGCUUUCAUUCUUGCAUUUUUCAGAGGAUCAUGAAACUGUUUCCUUGGCUUUGAAAGUUCGUUAGAUUGGAACCCAGCUUUAUGAUUGUGCUUCACUGAAUGAUUUGCUGCAGAAAGGGGAAAAACACGCGAAUAUGGUUGUCCCAUGUUCUGAUUUUUAUUUUUUUUAAACUAUGCUACACAUGUCUUUAAGUUAAAGAUUUAGUAUGAACUGUUCUUUGUAAUGCUGUUACUCAUGGAUAAGUGAGUUUGGAAAAUUACUUCCUCAUAUCUUGUAGUAUAAGAGAUUUGAAAUAAAAUUUCCUCUAACAAUAUUUCUAGAUAUUCUUAAUUUCCAUGGAGCAGAACACAUUCCAAAUUUUGUA